GUUCCCCUAGAUCAUCGUAUUGCCAUGCUUAUGUAGCGCGCCUCGUAUCUGCCGGUCAAUCGACUUACGCUGAAGAACACUAAAAAAGCGACGACACGGUGAGUAUAAAAUGUCAUAUCAGCUGAAAGGAGAGCACCUGGAGCCGCAAGGAAACGACCGGACACAGGUUGAGCGGUUUGAACGCAGAUACAAGCAUAUAACAGCACAUAAUACUAUACGUACCUUAAAUGUUGGGGCUGACCACCUAGGAACUCAUCACAUGAGUCAUCACCAAAGGAAGAGAAGACAAGAACAAGUAUAAGAGGUCAAUUGAUAACUAAGAAACAGUCACUCUCCCAAACGAAAACCUCGGAAUCAUGGUGAUUAAUCAUUC